CCCCCCAUAACUCUACAUUCUGCCUCACUCUUCUCUUGGAGAUAGUCUUGGGACUAGGAGUAGAGAAGAGUGAUGACUGGGAGAGGAAAAUAACUUUUCUCCUGGUCCCUAUUAUUUUGGCUGUUUGAACCAGUGUGGCAAAAAGGCACAGAUAGUUCAACCUAACCCAGGAACAGGGUAGGUAAAGAAGUUGGAAAGAAGGCAUGAGUAGAUGUAAGGUUUGAUUUUUGCUCUUGUUAUUAUUAUUUUGCUAUGUGUCAGGAUAGGGGUGAAGGUAGUCUGUGGACACGGGGCUGGGGAAUGUUUGGAAGCAGAACAGGGCUACAGGAGCAGGGCAGGGCUACUGGGGCACUUGAGUGUUAUUUUCAGGUAUGGCAUCAGAGCUACUUUUGACAUUUGUAAGUUCAGUUAGGAUUCCUGGGGACUGUGAGACUAGGGGAUGAUCAGGUGAUCCCUAGGAAGUGGUAGAGGGGAGGACUCUUUAGCUCCUUAUCUCAGGCAAGAAUGUAGGCCUGGGCAGAAAAAGCCAGUUCCACUUAUCUCAGGCUCUUUGCUAUUUUUGAUGUGAGCUACAGAACAAGGUCUAAGAGUGAACUUUCUCCCUGCACCAUGCCCCUCAUACCCCUCCCACAGAGACUUUUCGUUCACUUCAGAAACCUCAGGAUUGCCCCUCUACUUCUUAUCUCUCUUCCCUCCCCUCCUCUCCUCCAUUCUGAUUCCCGAGCCAUAGGAUUUUGUGUUUCUAAGUCUGGAAUAAAGGCUAACAACACCACGGUUUAGAGUCUGACAUCUCUGAAAAUGUCCAAGACUCCACAAAGAAAUUCCAGAUGUAAGCCCAGGAUCCCAUGCUUAUCCACAAUUCUCCUUUUAGCACAGCCCCCCUUCCCAUCAUGCUGGGUGAGGGUGUAGUUAGUGGCUCAGGGAUAUUUUUAGCCAAGCAGACCUCAUUGUCAAAUGGGGUGGGGUAGGGGGAAGGGUAGGCAGGUGCCAAUGUCCAUCACACCGGGGCUUGUGGGGCAGCCGAGAGAAGGGAGGGGGCCAGGCUCCAAAAAUAGCACAGUGAGCUCAUUCAGCUGCCAGCUCUGGGGACCAGACAAAGGGGCUUUAAAAGGCGUGGGGGGUGCCUCAAGCUGGUCCUGCUCCAGCCAACACUGCCUUUCCCGGCAUGGAGACCUUUGAGCCCCUCAGCCAAGAGCCUCUCAGCCAAGCCAGCUGUGACAAAGCCCCAGGCCCAGAUUCUGAGCUCCAGGACCCAUUCUAUGCAGAACUGCAACGUGCAGAGAGCCUCCAGGAGAAGAGCGUGAAGGAGGCCAAGACCAAAUGCCGGACAAUUGCAUCCCUGCUAACCGCCGCCCCCAACCCCCACUCCAAGGGAGUGCUUAUGUUUAAGAAACGGCGGCAGAGAGCCAAGAAGUAUACGCUAGUGAGUUUUGGAGCUGCAGCUGGGACAGGAGCUGAAGGGGAGGAGGACGGUGUACCCCCGACCAGUGAGUCUGAGCUGGACGAAGAGGCCUUCUCCGACGCCCGCAGCCUCACCAAUCAGUCUGACUGGGACAGCCCCUAUCUGGACAUGGAGCGGGCCAGGCCAGGUUCAGGUGCAGCAGAGGGCCAGGGCCCCGGGCUUGGAGGGCAGCUGACUGAGGCCUCCGGGAGAGGGGUCCAGCUCUUUGAACAGCAGCGCCAGCGCGCAGCCUCCAUCACCCAGGAGCUGGCCCAGGAUGGCCCACCAGCCAUGCUCAACGGGAAGGGCCUGCAGUCACCCCCUCGGGCCCAGAGUGCGCCCCCGGAGGCGGCUGUGCUCCCACCUAGCCCUUUGCCGGCCCUUGGGGCCAGCCCCAGACCCUUUCUUCCUGGUGGUGGAGCCCCUUCCCCGUCUCCUGGUAUCUUUAACCGGUCAGCCAGGCCAUUUACCCCAGGUUUACAAGGGCAGCGGCCAGGUACCACCUCAGUUAUUUUCCGGCCCCUAGCCCCCAAGAGGGCGAAUGAAAACCUGGGAGGCCUCAGCCCCGCCCCACCCCCCUUCCUGUCCUCUCCACCGGGGCCCACUCCUUUGCCCAGCUUCACCCCAGGGGUUCCCAGUUACGUGCCAGCCUCCGGUUCUCCCAGCACUCCGCGCUCCUCGGGCCCCGUGACGGCCACCAGCUCCCUGUACAUCCCAGCUCCCAGUCGGCCUGUUACUCCAGGCGGAGCCCCAGAGCCCCCCACUUCCACUAGUGCAGCCGCCAUGACCUCCACGGCUUCUAUCUUCCUAUCGGCACCUCUGCGGCCAGCUGCACGCCCAGAGGCGCCAGUCCCGGGCCCAGCUGCCCCUGAGGCCCCCAGCGCACGGGAGCAGCGCAUCUCGGUGCCAGCCGCCCGCACCGGCAUCCUGCAGGAGGCCCGGCGCCGGGGGACUCGGAAGCAGAUGUUCCGACCGGGAAAGGAGGAGACGAAGAACUCGCCCAACCCCGAGCUACUGUCGCUGGUGCAGAACCUGGAUGAAAAACCCCGGGCCGGGGGUGCGGAAUCUGGUCCCGAGGAGGACCUUCUGAGCCUCGGGGCUGAAGCCUGCAACUUCAUGCAGCCACCAGGGGGCAGGAGUUACAAGACCCCGCCUCCCGCGACACCUAAAACCCCGCCUCCGAUGGCUCCCAAGACUCCACCCCCUAGGACUCCUAAGACUCCACCCCCGGUAGCUCCUAAACCCCAAUCUCGAGGGCUCCUUGAUGGGCUGAUGAAUGGGGGAGUCCCUUCGUCUGGAACCCCUGAGCCACCAAGGCUACAGGGCAGGGGUGGGGAGCUGUUUGCCAAGCGGCAGAGCCGUGCAGACAGGUAUGUUGUGGAAGCUACACCUGGUGCUGGCCUUGGCCCUGGCCCAGGGCCCAGAAGCCCUUCUCCUACUCCUUCACUGCCCCCAUCCUGGAAAUAUUCCCCCAAUAUCCGUGCUCCACCUCCUAUUGCUUACAACCCACUGCUCUCACCCUUUUUCCCUCAGGCUGCCCGAACUCUCCCGACUAAGGCUCAGUCCCAGGGACCUCGGGCAACCCCCAAGCAGGGCAUCAAAGGUAUUGAUUUCAUGAGGCACCAGCCCUACCAACUUAAAACCUCCAUGUUCUGUUUUGAUGAGGUUCCCCCGACUCCAGGCCCCACCGCUUCAGGGCCCCCUAAAACUGCCCGAGUCCAGGAGAUCCGCAGAUUUUCCACUCCGGCGCCCCAGCCCACUGCAGAGCCCCUGGCCGCCACAGUGCUUGCCCCACGAGCAGCCACUACACUGGAUGAGCCUAUCUGGAGGGCAGAGCUGGCCUCAGCCCCUGCCCCUAUCCCAACCCCUACUCCAGAGUCUCCCAGGGGCCUUGGAGCCUCCCCCAGCUCCUGUGGCUUCCAGGUAGCCAGGCCCAAGUUCUCGGCCACCAGAACAGGAUUGCAGGCUCAUGUGUGGAGGCCUGGGGCAGGACACCAGUGAGCAGAGCACAGCUCCCAGGACCAGGGAGAGGUGGGACAUCCUGUUCCUAAAGUUGCUACUCCUGUACCAUCACACCUCCCCUCUCAGGCGUCUGGAGGCUAAGGGUCCCUCCUGCCACAGAUAGUUUUGGAGUUAGUGUCCCAUCCCCCAGCUUCCUGCUCACUCUCUUUGUCUCUGUAUUUCCUUGCUGGGAUCUCUCUCUGUCUUUAUCUCCAGGUCUGUCCUCCCACACUCUUGCACUGCAUCUAUGUUUCUCUACAUUUGUGCUUUUCUCCAUGGGCCUGGUUUUAAUGGGAAACACUGGUGGCAUAGUGGUUAAGAGCUAAGGCUGCUAACCAAAAGGUCGGCAGUUUGAAUCUACUAGAAGCUCCUUGGAAGCUCUAUGGGGCAGUUCUACUCUGUCCUAUAGGGUUGUUUUAACAUUCAGUGAGAAGUACAAGGGAAGUUACCACUGGAACCUCAGGCAAGAUGCUCACCACCAGACAGACAGCAAAGGGACUGAACUGAUGCCUGUUUGCAAUCAGUCCCUCCCUAUUCCUCGCUCUUCUUUCCCAAGCUUGGCUGGCAUAUACCUAGGAAUGUGUGUGUGCGUGUGUGUAUGUGCAAAUGUGCGUGUGCACAGAUGAGCUCUUCUAAGGCAAGAGUAAGAGGGGAGGUCUAAAUAAAGGUCCCACCUGGGUCUUACCCUUGCACUGAUGAGCGAAGGGUCAGAUAUUAUUCCCACAUGGAAUGUCCAGUCUGGAGAGAGAUUCACUGGAGAAUAACUCCUCAGAGACCAGCAUCUGCAGCAGGUGUACAGCAUCUAGUGAAACUUAUGGGGUAUGAGGAUAUUGAAGGGCCGGGACACCUUGCAUGGGCUGUUAUAGCAGAUACACCAAGAAUAGGACUAAGAAUUCUAUUCCUCAGGAUUUCAGAAAAUUUGCAACCUGAGAAGCCCACGCUGAAAAACCUAGCAUCCAGGAAGUGAUAAAACAUGAAAUUUCCUCUGAGAAUGAGCAAAUCCUUGGCUUCUGAGCCUAAGACAGAAAGGAGGGAGAAAGGAGCCAGGGUGUGGAAAGUGAGGCAGAAACCAGGAGCAGAACAGAAACAAGUGGAAUGGAUUGAGCCAUGGAGGGGAGCAGGGUGCAGAGCACGGGAGAGCGCCAUGUGGGCAGAGAAUGCAGUUGAGUAACAAGAAACCAACGGCAUGCAGGGAAGGGAUUGGGGAAAACUUGAGGGAGAAGAAUGUAUU